AUGCUGCAGGCUAAGCUGCAUGCACGGCAGCAGCAGCAGCUGCUGCAGCAACAGAUAGGACAUCUGCAGCUACGCGAUGCGCUGCUGCUGCUUAUUGAGGCCUUACACUCUAUCCGUGUCUUGAGUCAUCUAGAGACCCUUCCUGCAGCAGCAGCAGCAGCAGCAGAACAAGAAACAGCAGCAGCAGCAGCAGCAGCAGCAGAUUUUAGCUGCUGCAGCAAAGGGAGACACUUAUUAGUGCAUGCAGCAGAUAUAUCUGUUGCAGAUAUUCUGCUGUAUGCGCACCUCUCCGUGCUGCUGCAAAUACCUAAAGGUGCUGCACCUUGGAAACGCAAAAGGCAGCAGCAGCAGCAGCAGCAGCAGCAAGAGAAGCAGCAGCAGCAGCAGCAAGAGAAGCAGCAGCAGGACGAGGUAAGCAAGAUUGGUGAGGUUGGUAGCUCAGAGGAGCGGCUGCCACAGACGGAGCAACCAGCAGCAGCAGCAGCACCAACAGCAGCAGCAACAGCAGCAGCAGCAGCAGAUAGCGAUUUGCAGCUAGAGGUAGAUUCUUUAGACAGCAGCGACGCAGAUGAUUUGCUGCUGCUGCAGCAACUGCAGCAGCAGCUGCACUGGGCUAAGCUGUAUGUGCAACUAUUCGAGCAGCACCUCUCUAUACACAACAGGAGAGCAGCAGCAGCAGCAGCAACAGCAGCAGCAGAAGGGACUGAUGCUGCAGCAGAUGAGCAGCAGCAGCAGCAGCAGCAGCCAAUUCCUAUGUAUGCAUCUUCUUACACCUAUCGUAUCUGUCGCUGCCCUCCUGGCAGCAAGAAGACCUGCCGCUGCAGCAGGACACCAAGCAGCAGCAGCAGCAGCAGCAGCAGCAACGCCAGCAGCAGCAGCAGUUCUUACGAUGUAAAGGUACAAACACAAGAGUUCGUGCUGCUGGCAGCAACUGCUGCUGCUGUUGCUGCAGGCUUCCUGCUGCACCGUAUGGGGGCCCUGCAGGGCUUGCGACGCCUGUUCUAA